AUGCUACCACCCGACUACCCGGGCCUUUAUGAUGCCCGUGUGGGCAUGUAUCCCGGAUUAGCAGCAUCGCUGGCUUCUCUUCAUCCUUUCUUCCCUUAUUCGCUCAUGCCCGAGGCCCCCCUGUCAGAAGAUGACAUUUCUCUGUUCAUGCUUUUGGUAACAUACGCGGAUGCCUUGGAUGCACUGCCGCUAGAAGCGACACGAAGCUUUUCAGACCUAAGAGAACUGGAUGCUGUGCUAGGCGGUAAGUUCUUCUGGCUUUCUCACGCUUUCUCAGCUCAUCUUGGCUCGCUCACGCACCGGCUAUAUCAUCUUACCUCAAUCUUGGAAAACCCCAAUGCCACGCCUGGAGAGCGUCUUCUUGCUCUGAAGGAUGUCGCAGAAGAGGCACGUUCCUAUAAAAUGGGCGGUGAGGAUAAGAUUCGGGUGGCCUCCAACACAACGGAAAUGCAGAUCACCUCGCAUACAGACUAUAUCGACUCCCUUUUGCGGUCACUGACUUCUCUCCCUUCCUUGGGUCCUUAUAUUCGGGAGUAUCGGCCUCAGUACAAACGUCUGAGUGACCUCAGCUCGUACCCCUUACAUGCUGAGCAGACCUUGUCUUUGCCGUUAGCCAGCCCCGGUUACAACGGGAACAGCAUGGAUGUGGAUCCAAGCGCUAGUGGACGCCGAUCGAGCAAGGUUCGAUUGAGUGAUUACCCAGAAGCACCAGUAAGCGCUGCUCGCGCGCGCGAGCGUGACUCUCAAGAUGCAUCACGGUAUAGCAAAAAACGCAAAAUUCCCCCUGGCACGACAUCGUCCCAACGCUCACGUACUGAUCCAAGUCGCAACACGUCCUCAGGGUCCAACAAACGUCGUCAUGGAUACCGUGAUGAUUCGGAUCACGGUGCCAGCAGCGACGACCAAUUUGACAUGCCACCGGAGAACGGGCGAAGCACACAGCGGACGGCAAAGAGUGACAGCUUCGGUGCCACUUGGAGCGGUCGUCGCGUGAAUGAGGAUGUGAAUGACACCGAUAAUCACGACGGAUCGCGCAGCGGUGGUCGCGUCCGCGUUGCCAAAACCUCUCACACCAAUAGAAGCCGGGAUGACCAGGACGAUCAACGUUAUUGCUUCUGCAACAAUGUUAGCUAUGGUGAUAUGAUUGGCUGUGAUGACGACGACUGUGAGCGUGAGUGGUUCCAUCUAGGGUGUGUGGGCCUAUCGAAACCGCCUCAAGGCACAUGGUACUGCGAUGCUUGUUUGGAGCGCCGCACCCAGCAGGCCAAAAACAAAGCUAAGCGAGGUGUGCGUGCUGGGCGCGGGACUCCUGUGCCAUUGCCUGAGCCCAUGGGUAGUACACGUCGUGUGUCCUCGACGCGGAGAUAA